AUGGACUAUUCCUACCUGAAUUCCUACGAUUCCUGCGUGGCUGCCAUGGAAGCUUCUGCCUACGAGUUCAGCCCCUGCAGCCAGAGCAGUUCCUUCCCCUACAGCCCGGUCCGGGGGGGGUUCGCAACGGGACCCGCCUGUCCCCCCCUCGGCUCUGCCGCCUGUGCCCUGGGUGCCCUCCGAGACCAUCAGCCCGCGCCCUACGCGGCAGUUCCCUACAAGUUCUUCCCGGACCCGUCGGGGCUGACGGAGAAGCGGAAGCAGCGCCGGAUCCGGACGACCUUCACCAGCGCCCAGCUGAAGGAGCUGGAGAGAGUCUUCGCCGAGACUCACUACCCUGACAUCUACACCCGCGAGGAGCUGGCGCUCAAGAUCGACCUCACCGAGGCCAGGGUGCAGGUGAGGCUCCAGCGCCCGGGGCCCACCCCCCGUGGCACGGCUGGGGGUGCCCAGGCUGAGGCUGGCUCUCCGCAGGUGUGGUUCCAGAACCGCCGUGCCAAGUUCCGCAAGCAGGAGCGGGCAGCCAAUGCCAAGGGGCCCGGCGGGGCCGCGGCUGGCAGCGGCAAGAAGCCCGAGCCCCGCCCGGCCUCGGAGGACGACGACUCGAAGGAGUCCACCUGCAGCCCGACCCCCGACAGCACCGCGUCCCUGCCGCCCCCCGCCGGCCUGGCGAGCCCUGGCACCAGCCUCAGCCCCGCUCCUGCCAGCGGCGCCCCGCCGCCGCCCAGCCUGGCACCGGGGCACCCCAGCCAAGCCCUCAAAGCUCCUCUCUGGCCGGGGGUGGGCACCGGCGGCGGCGGCGGCACCAACGCGGCGGAGCUGCUGAAAGCCUGGCAGCCCUCCGAGGCGGUGCCAGGGCCCUUCUCGGGCGUCCUCUCCUCCUUCCACCGCAAGCCGAAUGCCCUCAAGACAAACCUCUUCUGA